ACAUCUACUCACCUACAAAAGCGGGGGACGUAAGUCACAAAUAGACUACAUCUUAGCAGAUAUGGUGGUUAAGACGAAAUUCAAAGAUUGUAAGGUAAUUCCGGGUGAGCCCCUCGCAACACAACACCGCCUUCUGGUUGCCGUCUAUACCUUGCCAAAGCCGAUAAAACACAUCGUUGAUAGAACACCAAGGACGAAAUGGAAGGAUCUGAAUGGCCCCAAAGGCAUACAACUAAAGAAUGCAGUAAUAGAAUACCUCGAAACAGACAUUAGCGUAAACUACAGUAGUGCUGAACAUAUGUGGUCUAAAUUCGAAGCAAAAUGUAGAGCUACAGCCGGAACCAUCCUCGGAAUUUCUAAAGGACCUUUCGGAAGCGGUAAAGAUCCAAACUGGUGGAACGACACGGUAAAAGACUCCUUGGCCAGCAAAAAAGCGUGUUUCAAAAAGUGGCAAAGAUCGCAACUUCAAGAAGAAUAAGCGUCGCAUGGCAAAAGUGGCGAUCGCUGACAGGUGUACUGUGCGACCCACGGAUCCCAAUAAAAAUCAAGGGAAAAGUCUAUAAAACGGCUAUUCGUCCCGCGCUACUCUAUGGAUCAGAAUGCUGGACAACAAAGAAAAUCCAUAAACAAAAGGUACAUACUAACGAGAUGAAAAUGCUUAGAUGGGCGGGAGGUGUAACCCGGCUAGACCGAAUCCGAAACGAAUAUAUACGUGGUAGCUUCAAGGUUACACCAAUCGCAGACAAGCUCGAUGAAAACCGCCUUCGUUGGUAUGGCCACGUUAAACGACGGGAAAACGAUCACAUAGUCCAAGUAGCACUCAAUCUACCAGAGACGCCAAGAGGUAGUGGCCGUCCCCCAGAUACCUGGUGGAAAAGCAUAGAAAGAGAACUCAAGAAAGCCCAGGUGCCCCAACAGACAACCCAAGAUCGUAGAACUUGGCGCAGGACUGUGAGGAGACCCGACCCCAAAUAAUGGGAUCAGGAGAGGAUAAA